CGCGCCACACCUUCCGCGCCGCAGGUGUGGCGGCCGAAUCGGCCGCCGCGCCUUAGGCGCGGUGCGGCGCCGUAGGCGGCAAAGCAAACAGACCUUGCAUCUCCUCCUCAUAUACAUAUGCCCGCGAACACUCCCGUGCACGGCGCUCCUGCCAACCGACCGAUCGCCAUGGCUGCCGCUGCUUCAUCCAUGAAGCUCUCGCUCGCCUUCGUCCUCCUCCUCUCCGGGCUCGUCGUGUUCGGCGAGGUUGGCGGCGCCGCGGCCAGGACGCCCAGCAGGGUGGACUGCUCGUUGGUCCGGUGCAUCCAGGGCGGCUACAUCAUGUGCGACAACUACCCCGGCCAGAAGCUGGACGGCUGCAUCUGCGGCUGCGCGCCCAGGAACGGCAAGAACUGCGUGCUUUACCUCCAGUCCGGCUCCGAACAACAGUGCGGCUAGCCGGAGUAGCGGCGCUAGCCGAACUGCGCGCGCUCGCCAUGCUUGCCUCCAUGGAUGUAUGUAAUAAGCUUCAGGCUUAGAGAGUCUGGCUAGAAUAAUGCCGCCCCAUGUAUCAACGUGGGAGUUUGUAACACCCCCUCAAUUAACCCCUUAAUUAGGAGUGUUAAACGAAAAUUUGAAGUUUCAAAUUACUCACAAAUGGAUCAAAUAUGUCAA